UAUCGACUUUUUUCUGCCUUCAUUAACCGGAUGAAGCGACGUCGUAGAAGGUCAUCAUUUCCUUGUCAAUUUGGUGUAAACAAAACAAAAGAGGGUUUCAGAAUUUUCCCGCUCAAUUUCUCUCGAUCUCAGCAAUGGCUCCGAAAUCCGAUAGCGCAGAAGCGAUCGUGUUGAACUUCGUCAACGAGCAAAAUCGGCCACUGAAUACGCAAAACGUAGCGGAUGCAUUGCAAAAGUUCAACCUGAAGAAGACCGCGAUUCAGAAAGCUUUGGACAAUCUUGCUGACGGAGGGAAAAUUUCGUUCAAGGAGUAUGGUAAGCAGAAGAUAUACGUUGCUCGACAAGAUCAAUUUGAAAUUCCGAAUAAUGACGAGCUCACUCAGAUGAAGGAACAGAAUGCCAAUCUGCAAAAGCAGCUUGAAGAUCAGAAGAAGGCUACUAGCGAGGUCGAAGCAGAAAUUAAGUCGCUGCAAUCAAAUUUAACACUGGAACAGAUCUGUGAAAAAGAAGUGGAUCUGAGAAUGGAGGUUCAAGAAUUGGAGAAUAAGUUGAACAAGUUACGCGGAGGUGUUACUUUGGUGAAGCCAGAAGAACGCGAGUUAGUUGAAAAAAUGUUGUCGGAGAAAAUAAGUCAGUGGAGGAAGCGCAAAAGAAUGUUCAGGGAUUUAUGGGACACCCUCACUGAGAACUCACCUAAGGAUCCCAAAGAAUUUAAGGAGGAACUUGGAAUAGAAAAUGAUGAAGAUGUUGGGGUUAGUUUGCAGUCAUACAGUGACCUGAUCCCUCAAGGUAGGAAACGGCCGAGGGGACAGUGAUAUAUUUAUUGAAACUCUGAAGUCUGUCGUUCUUAAUCAAUAACAUAGGUAUAUAGAUUAUUUGGAGUUCUGAUAUUACUGAACAUGAAUGCAAAUUACAUAGCCCGUGUAAUUAAGUCUUUACAAUUUAGAGUCGGUUUUCAGGGUUUAAAACACUUUUUCGUUAUAAACGUAAUUCACUAUAGCACAGUCUUAGUUCAA